GUGACGCCAUAGCGCAGCGCCGGCUCUGCGGGGCAGCCGCCAUCGGGGCCAGCCGGGGUCCCGCCGCCUUGGGCUUCGGCUCCGUCUUCGGCUGUUUUCGGCUCCGUCUUCGGCUCUGUUCGGCUCUUUUCGGCUGGUUCCGGCGGGGCUCGCGCCAGAUGCGCGGCAGGUGCCCGUGAGGCGGGCGGAGGGCGCCGCGCUCCCGGCAUGAGCCUCUUCAACCUCGACCGGUUCCGCUUCGAGAGGCGGCGAAACGGCGCGGGGCAGGAGGCCGGGCCCCCGGGGGGUCGUGGGCAGGCAGCCCCCCAGGCUGGGGGACGCGGUGAUGGCGAGGAGCGGGGCGCAGGAGAGGAUGGCGGCGGCGGGCCCGGCUCCCCGGCCUCGGGCGGGGCGCAGGGAGCGGGUAUUUUCUUAUUCUUCCCAGAACAAGCUAGUACGGCUGGGUCAUUCAGCACCCUAGGGUACUCCAGUGUCCCAGAAACUCCUGAGGAUGAGAGAACAACGAAGCUGUCUUAUUUCAAGCGUCGAAGAGGAAUACAAUUCCUAGAUGCGUCUUCAGACAGUGAAGAUGAAGAACCAAGAAAUUUCCAUGCUGCAAAGUUAAAAAGGGUUUCAAGGAAAGAUGUGACUGUAAUCUCUGAACAGUCUAAGGAUGAUGAGCAGCCUGAGGAUGACCUGACCCAGUUGGCUUAUGUCAAUGGUAGAGAAAAGCUGCCAGACAUGAAGAAUGGUGUGGAGGAAGACAUCAAAAGCGCAAAGCUGGAAACAAUGAAGGAACUCUUCCCCCAGAGAAGUGACCAGGAUUUAUUAGAAUUGAUAGAAUCGACGUGCACAAUGGAUGAAGCGAUAGCUGCUGGUUUGAAGUUCAGUGAUGAAGCUACCUUUCGCAAAAGGAAAUUAGAAGAUUCUCCCACAAACCGUGACAACAGUGAUGAGCAAUCUGCAAAAAAGCCAAAAGCUAAUCAUCUGGAUGGGUCAGAAUCUCAAAGACAAUGGGAGAAGCGAGAGAUGCUUGUAAAGAAGCUGCAAAAUACAUUCCCCGGAUUGGAUAAGGAGGAGCUGAGAGAUGUACUUCAGGAACAUAACUGGGUGUUUCAUGAAGCACAGGAAGCUCUGAGAGUAUUUGCAGAAGACGGUGAAGGCGUGGAAUUUCCUUCCAAAAGUGAAGUUUCGGACUGGACCAAAGUCUCUGCAAGCAGCAGAAGUGAUGAGAAUAAACAGAAGUUGAAGCGGAAAUCUUCUGGGAGGGAGCAGAACGGCUUCAGGAAAAAAAGCAAAAAUGUUUGGAGCACUAAAAGAGAGAUGGAAGACUCGGAGGACGAGUCAGGUUCCGAAGAAGGUGGUAGCUCCCUUGACCAGGACUACAGCAGUGGUGACGAAGUGAUGGAGGAUGGUUACAAAGCUAAAAUCCUUAGCUUCCUGCAGGAUGCUUCCCCCAGUGAACUCACGCUGAUUCCCCAGUGUUCUCAGAAAAAGGUUCAGAAGAUAAUAGCGCUCCGGCCCUUUAAUAGUUGGGAAGCUCUGUUCACAAAAAUGACUAAGACUAGUGGCUUGUCAGAAGACAUCGUGUGGAAUUGCAAGACCCUGCUGAAGGAGAGGGAUGUGGUUCUCAAGCUCAUGAAUAAAUGUGAAGACAUUUCAAAUAAACUAACAAAACAAGUAACUAAAAUUACUGAAGAUGGAGGAUGUGGAUGGAACAUAGAGCAGCCUUCCAUUCUGAAUAAGAGUUUGGAACUGAAGCCAUAUCAGAAGAUUGGUUUGAACUGGUUAGCACUUCUUCAUAAACAUGGAUUGAACGGUAUUUUGGCUGAUGAAAUGGGCUUAGGAAAAACAAUUCAAGCUAUUGCAUUUCUGGCUUAUCUCUACCAAGAGGGCAAUAGAGGUCCCCACUUGAUAGUCGUGCCAGCUUCAACAUUAGAUAACUGGAUAAGAGAAGUUCAUCUGUGGUGUCCUGAACUGAAUGUCCUUUUUUACUAUGGAUCCCAGGAAGACCGGAAACAUCUCCGGGCAGACAUUAAUAAUAAAGUUGUAGAUUUCAAUGUCAUUGUAACUACGUAUAACUGUGCAAUUAGCAGCUCAGACGAUCGAGGACUGUUUCGCAGGCUGAAGCUUAACUAUGCAAUUUUUGAUGAAGGUCAUAUGCUCAAGAACAUGAGCUCUGUACGCUACCAGCACCUUAUGACAAUUAAUGCAAAGAAUCGCUUACUGCUAACAGGAACUCCGGUUCAGAAUAACUUGUUGGAAUUGAUGUCUCUCUUGAAUUUCGUCAUGCCACAUAUGUUCAGUAGCAGCACUAGUGAAAUCCGAAGGAUGUUCUCUUCAAAAACAAAGAGUGCUGAAGAACAAAGCAUAUAUGAAAAGGAGAGGAUUGCACACGCGAAGCAGAUAAUAAAACCAUUCAUCCUAAGAAGAGUAAAAGAUGAGGUCCUUAAACAGCUACCUCCCAAAAAAGAUCUCAUUGAAUUAUGUGCUAUGUCUGAGAAACAAGAGCAACUCUACUGUGAUCUCUUAAAUAAGCUAAAGAAAACUAUUAACAGUAACGAGAAAAACUCUGAUAUGGGAAAUGUAAUGAUGCAACUUCGAAAAAUGGCUAAUCAUCCUCUCUUACAUCGUCAGUAUUACACAACUGACAAGCUUAGAACGAUGUCCACACUCAUGCUCAAGGAACCCACACAUUGUGAUGCAAAUCCUGACCUUAUCUUCGAAGAUAUGACAGUAAUGACGGAUUUUGAACUACAUUUGCUUUGUAAGCAAUACGCCAAUGUCAGUGACUUCAAGUUAGACAUGGAUCAGAUCUUGGAUUCUGGAAAGUUUAGAGCACUGGAACGUAUUCUGUCUGAACUUAAAGAGAAGGGUGACAGAGUUGUGUUGUUUAGCCAGUUUACCAUGAUGCUGGAUAUCUUGGAAGUUCUCCUAAAACAUUGGCAACAUAAGUAUAUUAGGUUGGAUGGAAAAACACAGAUUUCUGAUAGGAUACAUCUGAUAGAUCAGUUCAAUACAGAUAUGGGAAUAUUUGUGUUCCUCCUGUCAACCAAAGCUGGUGGCUUGGGAAUCAAUCUGACUUCAGCAAAUGUUGUUAUUCUUCAUGACAUUGAUUGCAACCCAUACAAUGAUAAGCAAGCAGAAGAUCGAUGCCAUAGAGUAGGUCAGAAAAGAGAAGUGAAAGUCAUAAAGCUGAUCAGUAAAGGGACUAUUGAAGAAUCCAUGCUCAAAAUCAGCCAGCAGAAAUUGAAGUUAGAACAAGAUAUGACUGCAGCGGAUUCGGGAGAAGAAGGGACCAUUCCAGCAGAUAUAGCCACAUUAUUAAAAGCCUCGUUAGGCCUCUAAAAUGUAAAUAUGUUGUGGAAUUCAAGGAAGAAAGGUAACAUUGUACCCCAAGAACUCGUUCAUAAAGUUCAUGGUCACCAAUAAUGUAAAUUUAUAACUUUUUAUAGUUUCUUCAUUGUAUUCCUCAUGGUAUUGAUAAUUUUUAACAGCAACAGCAUUCUUUUGAUGCUUGAAAACAGAAAUAGCACAAACGUGCCAACAUCAGAUGCUGAAAAAAUGUUAUUUUCCAGGACAUUUUUUUAAAUGGGGACCUAAGUAGUAAUUGUUUUAACAGAUCUGCUACUGCUUAAGAUUUGUCAGUAUUUUUGUAAUUAUUUCUACCUCCAAAUAUAUAUAUGAAAUGACUGUCUGUUUCACUGGAUUAUGCGUGUAGAUUUUUUUAUAUGUGCCUUAUUUGACAAUGCUCGAGUCUGUUUCUGCUUGUUUUGGUUCACUUGAUGUACUGUACUGGUUUUGUACCAACUUGUUCAAAUAAAAACUCCAUCGAUUAACAAAA